GAGCUCUGUGUGUGUGUGUGUGUGUGUGUGUGUGUGUGUGUGUGUGUGUGUGUGUCUCCCUCACAACAUAAAGGCGACGUUCAGGGCUAAAAACUUGCAAUUCAUGGCAUGGAGGAGUCAGCGCACAGCCGCAGCCCUCUGAUCUGUACAAGGGUCGGUGAAUGAGCAGCAGAUCAUGGUCUGAACCCAGUUAUCAUCGAGCCGAAACAAAGCCUCGUCUAGCUGCUCGAGUGUAGUCCACUUUGUUUGUUUUUUCCCCCUCCUCUGCUUUUUCUUCUCGGUGAAAUCUGACACACCAUCAGCGGCUUUUCUCUCUAGUUUGGAUGGCAGAUUCGGGUAAAUUGUCCUGAGCGUUUCGCAGUCAAACAGUAUCAAGAGAAAAGAAACAUUCAGCUCAUACUGCAGCGUUUCAGAUGCCUUCAACUUUGAGCCAGAGGGACAACCCCUAAACCCCGUUUUCACACGAGGGACAGACGCACAGACAUCUCCGUCAUCUUCCACUUUAUGUGAAGAACGCGUCUCGGUAAACGGUGAUCAGAGAACUGACGGGGGCCAUGGCAGCUACUUUAUCGGCGGAGGAAGAACAGGCUACAAGGCAGUUUCUGGAGGAAAUCAACAAGUGGACCAGUCAGCAUGGAGUGUCACCGUUGUCCAGAGAAUUGGCCGUCAAGUUCCUCAUGGCUCGCAAGUUUGACGUCCUCCGAGCCAUCGAGCUAUUCCACAGCUACAGAGAAACGCGUCUUAAAGAAGGAAUCGUCAGACUUCAGCCUCAGGAAGAACCUCUGCGCUCGGAGCUGCUCAGUGGAAAGUUCACUGUGUUGAGUGUACGGGACCCUUCUGGGGCAUCUAUUGCCUUGUACACGGCCAAACUUCAUCACCCAAACAAGACAGGCAACCAUGUGGUGCUUCAGGCGCUCUUCUACCUCCUGGAUCGGGCCGUGGAAAGCUUUGAGACCCAGAGGAAUGGCUUGGUGUUCAUCUACGACAUGGCAGGCUCCAACUACACAAACUUUGAGCUGGACCUGAGCAAGAAGAUCCUCAACCUGCUCAAGGGGGCAUUCCCUGCCAGGCUGAAGAAGGUGUUGAUUGUCGGGGCCCCUGUUUGGUUUCGAGUGCCCUACAAUCUGCUCAGCCUGCUUCUCAAGGAGAAACUUAGGGAGAGGGUUCAGAUGGUGAAAAUGGCCGAGCUGCGCCAACACCUCCCCAGAGACUGUCUCCCCCAGCACCUCGGCGGCCUGCUGCCUCUGGAAGCAUACAGCUGGAACCAGCAGCUACUGGCGGGCCAGAAUGGCCGGGUAGACCCAGUGGACGAGCUGGUGGGCAUUCCCGUGGAAGAUGCUUCCAUUCACGUCUCCGGACCAGAGUCCAUGCGCCCGCAGGAGCUGCUGACACACCUCGGCAGGCUUCAGCGCUCAGGCAUCCAUCAAGAGUAUGAGGAGCUUCGCAAAGAACCGCCGCCUGGAACUUUCCACUGUGCACAAUCAGCCUACAAUCAGGAGAGGAAUCGCUAUGGAGACGUGCUGUGCCUUGAUCAAACAAGAGUUCGUUUGAAAGCCAGAAGGAAUGAGAGAUCAGACUACAUCAAUGCGAGCUUCAUGGACGGCUAUAAACAGAGGAAUGCAUACAUUGGUACUCAAGGACCACUGGAAAAGACCUACAGUGAUUUCUGGAGAAUGGUUUGGGAACAAAACGUGCUUGUUAUCGUCAUGACAACCAGGACAGAUGAGGGCAGUCGGAGGAAGUGUGGACAGUAUUGGCCUCUGGAGGAAGGGGGACAGGAGGUCUAUGGCCAUAUGGCAGUGGUUAACCAAAGGGUUGAUCACCACACCCACUACAACCACACCACCCUCGAACUGCACAACACUGAGACAUGUGAACAGAGACAAGUGAGUCAUUUCCAGUACCUCAGCUGGCCUGACUAUGGCGUUCCCACUUCAGCAGUGACUCUCAUUGACUUCCUGGGAGCUGUGAAGAGACAACAGAGGAAAAUGGUGAAGGCCUUGGGACUUCAGUGGACAGGCCACCCACUGGGACCCCCAAUGGUGGUCCACUGCAGUGCAGGGAUUGGGAGAACAGGUACCUUCUGUGCCCUGGACAUCUGUCUGUCCCAGCUACAGGACGUAGGCUCACUAAAUGUAUGCCAGACGGUGCGACGCAUGAGAACACAAAGGGCCUUCAGCAUUCAAACCCCAGACCAGUACUACUUCUGCUACAAUGCCAUUUUGGAGCACGCCCAAAGGCAGGGCCUGCUUCCAGCCAAUCAGUGAGCUUCAGCCCUGACUUCCCAAACCAAUCCAUGAGCCCUGACAUUUCUGCAGUCAAUCUGUUAACCCCAAGCCGUGUUGUGUGACCAAUUAGUGAGCCCAGGAAAGGUAACUUCCUCACAGAAGCUGUCCUUUGAAACUAGGCCAUUCUUCUUCUGCAAGCCAGACCAAGACAAGACAGUGACAAAGAAAGGCUUGAGUGUUGACAUUAUGAUGUUUCAAUGUGAUAACAUUCUCGCUUCCAACAAUGUGACGUUUUGUUUUUGCUGAACAUAUCUCAGAAAAUACAUGGUGGCGUGAACAAACUGCUCCUUUGCAGUUUUGUAGUGUGAUCAAGAUAGUGUUCAUCAACCUUUUUAUUUAUUUGCCACUUUAAACUGAUGGUUUGAAAGGAGCAGUUCACCCUAAAAUAAAAAAUCAGUCAUUAUCCACUCAUCCCGUAUCAGUUAAAACUCCACUAAAGUUUGUAUGACUGCAAAACAAUUAGGUUUAUUUGUAGCCAAAUGAAUGCCCCAUAGGCAUAAUUACUGUACACGGACAAUAUCUUGGUCAGAUGCAUGACGUAACCACUGUAGUUCCAUGCCAAGUGCUUAACUUUUAUGCUUUUUAUGUACAAAUUGUAUUUAUUGGCGUUUCAAGUGACAUGGGUGAGACAUAAGUUACUGACACAAUUUUCAUUUUGGGGUGAAAUGAUCCUUUUAACUAAGUACACCAUUUUCAUUCCAAACAGGGAGCAACAAUAAAAGGUUUUAGAUAUAUUGCGUUCAAUGUAGUACAUUUUUAGAACAUGGUAUGUGUCACAUAGAUGGUACGAGGUAGUUCUACCUAGUCUCAGGAGUGUCAUACUGAACACAAGGAUGUGAAACUGCCCAACUUGUUGCCAAAAAACAACUUAGUCAAAAAGUCUUUUGCCAAGAAGUUGUUGUAUUCCUUUGAGGUUGCAUGAUGCAUUCUCUGCUGCCUAAGUAAAUAUCUCUGAAUGGCAGUAAAGAGAGGUAAAGCACAUCCAAAAUGAUCAGGCUGUAAACUCCCAAAUGGACAUUACAUCCCCUCUGUGAUCACUCAUUAAAUUGCUGUCCAUGUGAAUUCCUCCUUUAGUUUUUUGUUUUGUUUUUCCAAACGUAUCCAUUGAAACCCAGACCUUCCAUCUCACCUAAAUAUUGAGAUUGCCUGACUUGCAGUACAGACAAUGACCAGUGUCUGGCCGCCUAUGCUCACUAGCAGUGCCAUUAUGCUUUAGUGAUUGUGGGAAUGUAUUGCUAAGCGCCCACACACAUGCACACGCACACAUUUUAGAGCAGUCUGCAGUGACUAUGCCAUUGAGGCAUGCAUCCGUGGAAGUCAUCAGUUAAGACCUCACGAGUAGUGCAAUACUUUUUUUUUCUCCUUUUUUUUGUUUUUACACAAAUCAUGUCUUAGCACUUUUAAAUAACUAUUCCCAAUGUGCUCUGAGAUUAGUCAUCAUGGCGAUAGGAUGGGAUGACAAAUAAAAUUACUCAAUAGUAAUUCUGUAGGUCUACAUGUGAUGCUGGGAUAACUUGAUUGUCAUUGUUAAAUUUAGUAAUGCUUAAAUAUAAUACAUUUAGUGACACUUUGGACUUACUGUAAACAUCUGCAUAGAGCUUUAUUGGGACAAAUCAAGAGGAUUUUACAGGGAAACCAUGAAUUAAUGAUAGAAUCGCUGAAUAAGCAUGCACAAAUCUGUGCCUACGCCCUAUAAAGUCCUUCUUGGGCACUUGAGUCAGAAAUUUUGUUUGAAGUAUAUUUUCAUUAUUAUUGUUACUUUAAGUUCUACAGACUGUGGUUGUAAUCAGUGAUUUCAUCUGGUCCCAGUAUCUUGCCAUUAUUAUAGAGUACAUGUACAAAAACUGAGUGUCUGUGUCCUACGUUGCAUUAUGUUGUUGCCGGGUGAAAAAAAAAAAUGUGUUCUUUACUACAGAAUUCAUAUUGAAUUUGCUUGUAGUGAAGCAUUUUUAAGUCUGCCAUCCUCAUGCACUCUGAUUUUAGAAUUAUGUUUCCUUUCAAUGGUGGACGCAAAAUGUGCCCUUUUUUAUUUUUCUAUUGUAUUCAACAACUGUUUUCAUACGAUUACCCAGGAUAUACAGUUAUCUACAUUAAUUUUAUAUUUGUUCAAUUAUAACCUAUUACUUUAUCAUUCGUAUGACUAUUGAAUCAAGCUAUACUGUAUUAAAUACGAACUAUGUCAGUGUA